AUGAUGGAAAAUUCCUCUGAAGAGUUCAUGUUUGUACUUCAUGGAUUGAAUGACACAAUAACAAACAGACAUAUUUACUUCGCAUUUGGUCUUCUUUUGUAUAUUUUGACACUAUCUGUAAAUUUAAUGUUAAUCAUAACAAUUAUUCUGGAUAAGACACUUCAUAAACCUAUGUAUCUGUUUAUAUGCAGUUUAUUUGUAAAUGGAAUAUGUGGUGCUUCUGCUUUCUAUCCAAAGAUCCUUGCUGAUCUUUUAUCAGACUCCCUUGUUAUACCAUAUACAGUGUGCCUGAUACAAACAUGUGUAAUUUUCUGUUAUGCUUUGUGUGAACUUACAUGUUUAACAGUCAUGGCAUAUGACAGAUACUUAGCUAUCUGUAAACCUUUGGAAUAUCUGUACAUUAUGACAUACCAGAAGGUUGUGAAACUGCUGGCUUUUUGUUGGCUCUUCUCCUUACUGCAAACUACAAUUGGGGCUGUACUGACAGCCAGACUGCCUUUAUGUGGUAAUGACAUUGACAUGCUUUAUUGUUCUAACUGGGAGGUUGUUAAGUUAUCUUGCAAAGAUGUGACUAUGAUGGAUGUGUAUGGGAACAUCCUAACACUUUCUACUGUUGCCCAAAUAACAUUUAUUAUUAUUUCAUAUAUUUACAUCAUUAGAACCUCUUUAAAGUCCAAGACAGGAAGGGUUAAAUUCAUACAGACAUGCCUUCCUCAUGUCAUGACCCUCACAAACUUCAUUGUUUCCCUACUGUUUGAUAUCACAUAUUCUCGCUAUGUGAAAAACCAAGCACAGCAAGCCUUGCACAAUAUCUUGGGUAUGGAGUUUCUGGUUGUGCCUCCUCUCCUAAACCCUAUAAUAUAUGGAAUGAAAUUGACUCAGAUGCGGCAACAGUUUGUGAAAAUGUAUUUUAACAAAUAUAAAACAGUGAGAAUGGGGUGA